AUGCCGGUUCUUUCCACGCCGCAGGCGUCGGUUGUGAUCGAGGUCACGCCAGGCACCGCCACCAUCCCAGAGGACUUCAUCGGGGCCAACCUUACGUCCCCGCCACCAGGGCUUGUCACCCCAAUUACGUUCAACAUUGAUGUGGUCAGCGACGACUUGUUUGAAACCGACGAGACGUUUGAAAUACGCGCGUCCAGCACCAGUGGCAUCUCCGGAAGCCCCGUGAGCAUCAUCAUUUCCAACGAUGACAGUCCGCCCGCCCUUGUGGCCCCAGUGCUGGUAGAGGUUUUUGAAGGCGACAUCCCCGGGGGCGGCGGCGCCACUGCCGUCUUCCCAGUGAAACUGUCCAACAUCUCGGGCGUGGAUUUGGUGCUGCGCUAUUCAACGGCCGACGGCUCGGCCGUGGCACCACUGGAUUAUACAGCAAUUCCCGUGUCCAUGACGACUUUUGCUGCCGGCACAUCAGACAAGAACGUAACCGUGGCGCUGACGGGCGGCAAUCGUAUACAAGAGCCUGACAAGAGUUUUGUCGUGCAGCUGGCGUUGUUCCACGGCGCCACGCAAGUGUCGUCAGCCAACGUCACCAUCAACAUCAAAAAUGAUGACUGGUUGUACGCCCAGAUAUCACCAACAAUCCAGAGUGUCAACGAGGGCACGCCCGGGCAGGCGACAACUGCAACAUCGGAUAUUGUGCUGACUGCCCAACCAACCGCGAACGUGACCGUGAACUUCAGCACGCGUGACAUUACAGCCACCGCGGAUGCUGACUACACUGCCACGAGCGGGUCGCUGACAUUCACGCCUGUCAACUGGGGCGUGCCCCAACAAGUCACUGUUGGCAUUCUGCCAGACGUGCUGCUUGAGGCGGACGAAAUGUUUGCCAUCGACAUCUCUGUGGCGGCGCCUUUUACCUCCAUUGUGAACGCCAGCACCUCUAGUAGCACCGUCACCAUCAGGAACAAGCUUGUGCAGGGGCCCAAGUGUCGCUGA